AUGGUUACCAAAUGGCCCCAAAGAGUAGAAUCUCAAAGAGGCAAAGAGGAGAAACAUCCCAACAAGCUCAAAACCCUCCUCAAGUCCAACGGUUUGAAACUUUCAACACCCNAUGGAGUUCAUCACCGACUUGCCACUCCUUAUCAUCCUCAAACUAGUGGCCAAGUAGAGCUUUCUAAUAGAGAAAUCAAAUCAAUUCUUGAGAAAGUUGUUAACCCGUCAAGGAGGGAUUGGGCCACUAAACUUGAUGAUGCACUUUGGGCAUAUAGGACUGCAUACAAGAACCCAAUCGGGACUUCACCAUUCAAACUUGUUUACGGGAAAGCAUGCCAUCUUCCCGUAGAGUUGGAACACAAAGCACACUGGGCAGUCACAACUCUCAACAUGGAUUUAAAACUUGCGGGUGAAAAGAGGCUCCUUCAACUCAAUGAGUUAGAGGAAUUCAGACUUGAUGCUUAUGAGAAUGCCCAAAUUUACAAGGAAAAGACUAAGAAAUGGCAUGACAAGCACAUUCUCAAGAGGGAGUUUGUUUCCGGUGAUAAAGUCCUUUUGUUCAACUCAAGGUUGAAACUAUUCCCAGGGAAGUUAAGGUCUAGAUGGUCGGGACCUUAUGAGGUUGUUCAUGCAUAUCCAUCUGGAGCUGUGGUGAUUCGAGGAAAAAAUGGAGAUUUCACCGCAAAUGGCCAAAGAUUGAAACAUUACCAUGAUGACACCAAGAUUGAGGCUAAAGUGGCAAUUAGCCUUUGUUCCCCAACCUACACCUGAAAGAGAAAAGGGGUCGAGCUCACGACCUUAAACGAGCGCUUCUUGGGAGGCAACCCAAGUCCUUUUAAUUUAUUUUAAUUGCAUUUUGCUUUUCUUCUAGUUUUUGUGCUAUUUUUAUGUUUUUGUGUUUUUAGUUGAUAAUUGCGUAUUUAUAAAGUCCUUGAGCCUAAUUUUGUUUCUAGGUAUGUUUUUGGAGUGAAAUCUUGCUUGGAUAAUAAUUGUGUUGUUUGGAGUUUCUUUGCAUUUAUU